UUCGCGAAUUUCAACUCGUGCCGAAAGGUUUGUUUGUGCGAAAGCAGCAGCUGCGAGAGAACGAGCAAGAGGAAGCCCACGCGGAAGUCAAGCAAUUACCGAGAAUUGUUAAGAGAAAUAUAAAACUGUUUAAAAUGCCCCAGCUGCAGAAGCCCGCUCCCGCAUUCGCCGGCACCGCCGUCGUCAACGGUGUGUUCAAGGACAUCAAGCUGAGCGACUACAAGGGCAAGUACCUGGUGCUGUUCUUCUACCCGCUGGACUUCACCUUCGUGUGCCCCACCGAGAUCAUUGCGUUCUCGGAGAGCGCCGCCGAGUUCCGCAAGAUCAAUUGCGAGGUGAUCGGUUGCUCCACGGACAGCCAGUUCACCCACUUGGCUUGGAUCAACACGCCGAGGAAGCAGGGCGGUCUGGGCAGCAUGGACAUUCCACUGCUGGCCGACAAGUCGAUGAAGGUGGCCCGCGACUACGGAGUGCUCGAUGAGGAGACCGGCAUCCCCUUCCGCGGCCUGUUCAUCAUCGAUGACAAGCAGAACUUGCGCCAGAUCACCGUCAACGAUCUGCCCGUGGGUCGCAGUGUGGAGGAGACCCUGCGUCUCGUCCAGGCCUUCCAGUACACCGACAAGUACGGCGAGGUCUGCCCCGCCAACUGGAAGCCCGGCCAGAAGACCAUGGUGGCCGAUCCCACCAAGUCCAAGGAGUACUUCGAGACCACCUCCUAAAGAGGCUAUCUGUUCGCUGGACGGGGCCGCUCCUGGCGAGUGGGAGCGGAUUCGAAUCGCAAAACCCCCGUUCAGGCAAACCAAUACACAUACUACAUUAUAUAUCCUACAUAUUAACCCUAGAGCGUAGAGAGAAGUAACUGUGAGGCAUCUUUCCCUGCAACAGCCACCCAAAAAAAAAAAGAGAGAAACACCUGCAGACGCUAAGCGGAAAGUGAUUAUUUUUAACUAUUUUUGUGUGCUUUUUUUUUGUAAUUCACCACAAUAAACGAUUGUACGGAAGAGAA